CCCCACACCUCACAUUUACGUUCGUCAAAGACUCACAUUCUUACUCUCUUUGUCCGAACUUGAUUCGUCGCAACAACCUAGACUAAACCCCUUGUGCCAGUGGAAGUCGACAACUCUGUUCGGUGGAGCUGGUCAAGUUUCGUGCACGUUCUUGUUCUCGGAAAAUCCUCUCACACGCUAUAUCUCAACCAUGUCCUCACCAAGACAAGGGGAUUGGUCGAGAAAUAGCGAACCAGGAGCCGCAUUCAGCGGUCUAAGUCGCGGGCGGCGGGGUAAUGCAAGGGGUGGAGCAGGCAGUGGCAGCUCCAGAGGAGGUCGAGGAUCAAGAGGACGGGGAGGGGGUCCUAACCGUGCAGCCUCAGCCUCAACAGACAAAGCUACAAAGAAUGACGCUCCAGCGGAAGCUCCGAAAACAGUCGAUCUUCCAAAACCCCCUCCAUCUACUAUAACAUCAAAGCCAGACAAACCAGCCACCACUCAGAAAUCUAGACCGUCGAACUCUAGGAAAACCUCAUCUGCUCGUCCUAUCCCCACCAUUGUAACCCCCUCCACAAGCACUGACACCGUUACUUCGACUUCGACUGCCAAGAAUUCUUCACGACCCCCAAACCGUCGUAAACGAUCCCAAACUAACACAAAAACAGGCGACAACAUUCCAAAGAUUGAAAUACUAUCUCUCGAUGAUACCCAUUUACGUUCUCAGAGAGGCCGGGGUGGAAAGGCUCAUCUUCCCAUACCCCCCCAUUCGGCGCCACUUGCGAAAGACACCCCACCUCACCUAACCCCUAACAAUCCUUUCGACAUGCGGAACAACAUCGAUGCUCUUGUCGAGCGCGUAAGGGCUGUCGCAAUGGAUAGACCUACUACCCCUGGAAGUCAUAGUCACAUCGACUGGGCUGGGGAUGAUGACGAUAGCCUUCCGGAUCUUGAUGACUGGGGCGUGAACCCUAGCUCAGACAACACUACUAGUUUUCAUAACUCCGACAUGAUAUCGCCCAUCAUGAUUGAUGGACUCAAGUCCCUACCCGAUCCCAGCCCACUAUCUAUGACGGCCUCCAUCUCUCCUUCGUCGUCUACCAAGGAGGUCACCGAGAGUACCGAGGUUAAGGUUGGAGAAAUGGCUUCGAAGAAGGAUAAAACCGAUACCCCUCCCAAAAUCAACCAUCGCGAUCCUCUGAAAACCACGCUUCCCCUCCACCCUUCGUUACCUCCAAAACCUUCUUUUGUUGAGGCGCGUUUGACUUCACAUCGGGUAGGCGCUACCCCGAUGCGCAGCCCGCUGCAUAGUAAAUUCCAGCCAUCAGGAAGAAUUUUAAAAGUGGAAGAAAAGGUGAAGACGGUGGAGAAAGUCCCCAAAGCGUCCGAACCGCCUCCGAUCAAGGACGGGGAUACGACAGCACCCACUCCUGCCCCCGUGAAGAAUGAUCCUUUUGAAGAUAAUAAAACUACUUCCGGCGAUUUUUCUCAGCAACCGGCUUCAACACCCAAUCAAGGCGAUAGUGAGGAGCUGAUUGGUGAAAGACCCGGACUGCAAGUUUCUGUACACGCCCCCCGUAACCCAGCUGACGACGCUGAUGAAGCGCGACCCGGAUUGCAGGCUUCCAUGCAUGCACCUAAAGCCCGUUCUGAAUCCUCAAUAACGCCACCCACUAUGGUCCAAGCAAUCAUUGCUGACGGAAACCGUGGCAAUAUCAUCUCGCCCAACAGGUUCCAUCUCGCCGCUCAUCCCCACGCAUUCUCUCAUCAGGGCUCCUCUCGCUUCUCUCGUUCUGGGAACUCCACUCCUCAUAACAGAGCACUGGAUUCUGCUCACCAUGCGCGCACGCACUCGACCCCACCUGCCGGGACGUCGCCGCAUGCGUACCGUGCUCCCCAUGCCACGCGGCCUGUCAUUACUGGAGCUGCAAUUUCCAGGCUUGCUAGAGAUAUUGGUGUAGUCUCCAUGUCACCUACGCGGAACCCUGUCGCUCUGUCCUCCAAAGAAUAAAGACCUUUUCUAUCGUGUUGUAUGACUGCCCUACUCGUUUUCUCUCCUUCGCUUCCCAUCUUCUAUAUUUAUCUUUUCUUUUCCGGAUUUGUAGUUGACGACUCUUAAUGUUUAUACCCCUUCUUCCCCAGUCGACUGCUAUUACCCCGAUCACACUUAUCUAUCUUACCUUCCACCAGAUUUCUCACAAAAGUCGUAUAGUAACAAUCCACUUCUUAUUUACUUCACCUCCAGACCGAGGACUCUGGGCGGCUCAUCUGGCGUUCGGACCUUUCGUCGAAUUCAAUUGUCUGAACUGAAGUAAGACAAUUCCAGACCUAUCGACUUGAUUGGCUUCAAGCGACUGGAAAGGUCUGAUACUACGCCUAGGCUAACAAGCAUGUUACGAAUCCGACCUUCCCACAUGAUGGAUACAUCCUGACAUUGCUUGUGGAGGCCCUAGCUUUAACGACGCCAUGUAUAGUUUUCUUCCCCGUUUGAUCUACUUCUGAUUGGUUUUCAAUACUGAAACGUUCAAGAGAAGAGUUACGUCGCAACCAAUAUUCUGCACCCAUCGUCCAUUCGCUUUCGUAACUAUAGACGUUGAAGUCAAACCUUGAGGAGAGCGAUAGGUCGUCUGAAACGCGUGCAGAAUAGGCACCAGACAUAUGUCCGAGCAUUGGGUUGAAUAGUGCCGUUAUUGUUGUCGGUGUUUGAGAGGGAAGAGGAGUCUUUGACAGUGAGGCGGUAGAAAGAGCAGAGGAAGAGGGAGGUGGUAUUUGAUAGGAAGGCGGUGUGGCAUCCGGCAGCGUUGAGAACCUGAAUCCAGUGGAAACUUGAACGCGGAUAUGAGCCGUGAUACAGAGGAAAGAUAAGAGACAAAACGUACUUCCAGCGCUCCGUUCUUUCGCACUAAAGUAAACCUCGGCUCCAGCACACACACGACCUUUGAGACCUCCUUCGAUGGCAUCUUCUUCGUCCACUCGUUUCACUUUCACCUUUGGCGACGAGGCGGAGGUCGCCGGGUUUCCCUCAGGUUCUGCAGGUGUCGUACCAGCCAACCUCCCGAAGUUAUGCAAAACCUUGAUUCCCCACAUGCUAUCUUCUGCACUCCAAGUAUAUUCGGUACACCAUUUACCGACAUCGUGUUGCAGAUACACCAUGAAAUUGCUCAUGUCCCCUCCUCGACCUCGGAUGUCCGAUCUGACUCUACCAAGAGGAUCCGAGAUGGCUGCUACAAUGGCUUGAAGCGUAGGAUAUAGUCUAGUAGAAUAGAGUGCGUCGAGUCUUCCUGUAGGUAUGUAUAGUCGACCAUACAUGAGGUAGUCUGCAUUUUCGUGUAAGUUUACGAACGAGAAACAUACUCCACGAGAAUUGACGUACCUCGAGUGUCAACACUCUCCCCAGCCAACCAUUCAUCUUUCCCUUCAGGUCUCCGAGGCUGGUCGUAAACCUUGAACCGCUCAAUCAUGUCCUUGAACCGGACAUGGCCUGAUGUCUUGAUGUCCAAGUCGCAAGAGGUGAAUAUGUACCCGACUGAACCAUUAAGAGAAGGUAAGGCGUUCAUUGAAUAGGUAGUUUUGAACAGGGAGUUGGGUGACUUGGACAUUGAGAGGGAGAUUCCAUUGGGAACGGUAAAGUCAAGAAUCGC